AUUUUCAUUCACUCACUUCUCCACUUGGUUAGUUUUCGGCCCAAAUGCAAAUGCAAAAUGAUUUGUACGAAGUUUGGGCGCAGCUUGUGGCAAUGCAGAGCCGACAGGCCUUUGUAGCACCAAUUACUGCACAGUUGCCCCAAACUGUCAUGCAGCUAGGCGUGACACUGGUAGAUGCAACAGGGUACGAACAUCAGAUAUCGGAGCACUUCUGCACCACAUUUCAGCAAUUUAAAAAGAUGCUCGAAGCUCUGUUUGAACGCGAGUCAAUUGAAGCUCGAAUCCAGAGACGGUAUAUGGAGGAGGGACAAUACGAUUUGUGUAUUGACGAGGGCACGCAAGUAACCCAAUUGAGACACUAUGGAUGGCCAACAAUCGAACCGGGUACGAAGAUUGUCAUGAGGGUUGUUAUUGAACAGGAGAGGAAAUCACUCCAACUUGAAGCAAAAUACCAAUGUCAUUUUUGUGAAACGUGGAAUCACUUUGGCGUUGAGGUUGUCAGUAAACCAUUUCAACGUGGGAAUUGCUCGAUAGAUUGUCGAGUAUGCAAACGGCGCUUUCAGAUCACCCGUGAUCUGCGCAAGGCGAUGGAGAGUACUGGCUCCAAUCAUGCCAAGGACGCAGAGAUGCACCUUAUUCGCAAAUUCCAUGUCAAGCAAGUUGGCCAGCACGUGCGUAGUCUCAGUCAAGUCUCCACUAUUUAUCUCCAACCCCCGGCUAUUUAUCGGUACCCUCGCUCACACUCGGACUCCACCAUGACUCGUCCUGUUGCGAGUCCAGGGAUGCUUGAAGCCAAUCAACGACGUCGACGCCACGACGCCACCCAUAGGUGCGAGGAGUGUGGGCAGACCUUCACAGCUGUAUUUAGCUUGGAGCGUCAUAUGCAAGCUCACACUAGUAUACGACCAUUCGUCUGCAAUAUUCCCGGCUGUAAUCAGGCUUUCAUCAAUCAGAGUGACUGCAAACGCCACGAGAAGAGCAGGAAGCGUCACCAGGGUCUUCCCUUUAUCUUUUCUGACUCGCCUUAAUCUUGUCAUUAUGUCACGGCCCCUUCACUCGAAUCUGUAAACCGACCCAUUCGUCCUGAAUGUCGGCCCGGAACUGGCCAUUCCCACAUGUGCCUCCUUCCUCUAUCUUGACAAUCCUACAUACAGGCACAAUGUGACCGCACGCUUCAUCUUGUCCCUACCUCGCUCCACCACUCA